GAAUUGAAAUCUUGAAGUAGUCAGUUCUUUUGGUCAGUCAUUAUUUUCAAAUUGUCGCUAAUGUUCAGAUCUAAAUUUUAAAAUUUUCAUUUAAUUUUUUCUUUGAUCAAUUACCAUGAAAUUAUCUUCAAGUGAAAAACAAACAUUAACGGAUCGUGGUUACACGUUGUCAUCAAAAAUCGGUGAAGGCGCGUACUCAGAGGUUUAUUUAAGCACAUACAAACAGUCACCCCACAAAUUAGCGUGUAAAAUCGUCGAUGUUCCAAAAUCAAGUGCGACCUACGUAAAUAAAUUCUUACCAAGAGAGCUGAACAUUUUGAUGAGCGUUAAGUCUCCGUACAUCGUUCAUAUCCACAGCAUUUUUCGACGAAAUUUAAAAUAUUUCAUUUUUAUGCGUCAUGCAGAAAAAGGCGAUCUAAUGGACUGGAUUAUUGCGCAUGGUGCCGUGUCGCAGAUUCAAUCGAAAUUGUGGGGUAAACAAAUCGUUGAGGGUCUACAGUACCUGCAUCAAAAUUCAAUAGCCCACAGGGACCUUAAGUGCGAAAAUAUACUGAUCACAGCAAGGAAUAACGUGAAGCUAACGGAUUUCGGUUUCAGCAGAUACAUUACCGAUACCGAAUCUGAUUCAAAAGAUGAUUACAAUGGCUACAGCGAAACGUUUUGUGGUUCAUUGUUAUAUGUUGCACCGGAAAUCGUAAGAGGGGUCGCUUACAAUCCAUAUAAAUCGGACAUGUGGUCAUUGGGUGUUGUUAUAUUUACUAUGUUAAAUUGUAAAGUGCCUUUCAACGAAACCCAUCCAUCGAUCAUAUACAAGUUGCAGAUGAGUCAGAAAUAUCGAUUCAAUGAACGUGUCAAUUCAGACGAAGUUAAACGUUUAAUUAAAAGACUGUUGCAACCGAAUCCGAAGGAGCGACCUUCGAUUGAUACCGUACUAGCAGAUCAUUGGUUUGAGACGGACACUUCGACUGAAGGAUUAUUAAGUAGCAUGAACCUUGAAGAUAAUUCGACGGAAGGUGAUGCAACAAAUGUAAAACAAGUGAAAGAACCUAAUCCUCCAUUAGUGGUGAUAAUGCGAACUGAUGACAGUUUAGAUGUUUCAGAGAGUAAAAUUGACAUAGACCAACCGAACAGGGAAGUUGAAGAGAUUGAGGAGACCGAAGACGAGAUGACUGACUCACAUACAGGUAUCCGAAUAAUCUCUAAAAGUACAAUUAACGAUGCGUAGAGAUUUUUGGUGCUGCUGGUUGGAAGACGUGUAUAGGUGGUAGAAAAAGUCCUUAAUUUUUUGGUUUCAAAAUUGGUAAAUAAAUUCGUUUCACAAGGAAAUUGUUUAUCUACAACCGAUGAACAUU